AAACCUCUUCUCGGGCCACUCCAGCCUGUGCCUCCUAUACAUAUCCACCAAAGUGCACCACCUGCACCUCCACCUCCUCCUGCCCCACAGCCCACUCCAAUUAUUCAACACACUGUUCCUCAACAGCCAGCCACCAUAAUCCAGCAGUUACCACAGCAACAGCCUCUCAUAGCACAAAUUCCACCCCCACAAACCUUUCCCUACAGAACAGGAAGUAUUAAAGAAGACAUGGUGGAGUUGAUGCUAAUGCAGAAUGCACAGAUGCACCAGAUCAUCAUGCAAAAUAUGAUGCUGAAGGCUCUUCCGCCAACGGCUGUGUUCCCAGGAGGAAGCAACAGUCAAAUCACACCUCUAGCCUCACAUUCAGGGCAGGACCUUCAUUCAACAGUUAGAGGAGUGGCUGUCCAUCAUCACCAUCACUACGGCUCCCAUGUACCACCUCUUACUCCAGUUGGCUACUCUUUUUGGCCCUCUUUGAUGCCAGCAGGACAAGACAGGACUCAUCAGCCAGCAGUGCAGCAUUUGAUUAGUCCUGUAAAUAUGCCCCCCUUAAACACAUAA